AUGGGAUUUUGGUCAUUCGGCGCGCGCAAGAAAAGCCGUACUGUCGACGGCCAAGACCAAGGGCACCAGAACUUGUUGGAAGAGGAACACAUCACCGUGCCUGUUCACCUUACUCCAGGUGCACCUCGAGACUUGGCUACCAUGUCGCGCACUCACAGCAAACCCGAACACGAUGGAAAACCACGCCGCCUAUCCAAGCAGCGGAACUCGAGUCAACAAGGCAGCGUCCCUCGUUCAGUCACCAUCCCAGCCUCAGGUGCUGCAAAUGACUCGCGGGCGAUGAGGAGGGCCUCAGAUCUAUACUCUCAGAAUCCUAUGUCGCACUCUAGUCUUGGUCCUGAGGAGUUUACUGCACUUCCUCAGCCCGCUCCAACACUACUUGCGAAACCGCGAUGUUAUGAUGCCACCAAUCAAAGAAGAAAAUCUAGCAAAAGGAAAGCAGAGGACUAUGCUCGAGAGAGAGAGGUCAGAGCCAUGAGCUCGCCUGAUCCUACCCCUGGCUUGAAGCGACCAACAACUUACUCUGGCUCGGGCCCAUUGCGUCGGGACACAAGACAAGUGCCUGGAAAGCUCAAUCGCCGACUACAGAGACCAGCGUCGGAGGUUUCACUUCCAUUGCCCGAAACUAUCCAGGAGGCAGACGCCAAUGCAAAUCAAGCUUCCUUUAAAAUUGGUAUCUUCGCUGCUCUCAGCCCACGCCCAACCUUGACUUAUGUUGGCAAUGCUCGACCAUCUCUUGGAAAACAACCAUUACGGAUCAAACCGUCUGUACAGCAAGCAAUUGAAGAAGAACCCGCCUCGUCAAGGAAAAGAAUUGAUGAACUGGCUGAUGAACUGGACGCAGGUGGCUUGAGAGAGCUCAUGGAGCGGGACCAAAGACGACAUGAGAGAAAGAGAGCGGCUGAGAGAGAUCGCCUUCAGCGCAAACUUCAACGGAAGGCAGACAAACAGCGAGACGAGGAACUUCGCGGUCGGCCAAACCAGGGACUGUCCGCUUCCUCAUUAAAUGCCGACGCUCGUCGACAUGGUCACCAUUCUUUAGAUGGUCAUGCAGAGUCUUCCUCAGCUGCUGUUCAGCAAAGGACUCCAAGUCAACAAGGGCGGCAAGGAGCUGGUCCGUUUGCCGAUCCUCAACGUCCAACUCACCGCACCGUUCACGCAAUUAGAAAUCCUUUCGAUGAUGAGAAAGACGUUGAUCUGAGCCGGGAUCCUUUUGAUCAUGAUGACGAGGAAGGCCCGCCUGUUCCCGUCAGGUCACCUUUGAGGACUGUAUCCCCAGUCGAUGCUCCGGGCAGGCAUCAGCCUUCUCGCGCCAUGACAUUCUCACCACCAACAUCGCCGGUGCAGCGGCCGGCUGAACGUCCAAGUUUCUCUCAAACCUCCGCACUCGCACGAGAAAUGACCCCGGAAAUCUUGCAAACGAAGGAAUCUGAGCGCCGGCCGUCCGAUCAAAGUAGCCUGAAGAUGAGUUCUUGGACGAAUUUCUUUAAACGUGGGGGACAGCGCAAAGGGAGUGGUGUUGAUCGUGGGAGGAGCACACCAUCAGAGUUCUCCAAUACAUCACGGGAAUCAUUUGUCCGAAAGCAGCAGCCUCCGCCGGUAGUUGUACCUCGAACGUUUCGACGAUCCGACCCUUCUAGUAUACCGCAGAGAACCAUGUCGAAAUUUCGGGAAGAUCUUCCGGAACUGCCCAUCUCGCCUCCAGAUUCGCGCGUCCAAUCUCCUGAAGCUACGGUCGCUCCUCAUGUGGGAGCUGAACCCUCCUCCGGGCAACAACCGAGGCAAUCCUUGUCUGGCACAUUCGAUGGUCGAAGCAUAGCCACAAGCUCAAGCAAUCCGGCCUUGGACCGUAAUGCUCCAGACAGUCGUCUAGGGCAGGCUAUGGACAUUGAUGUCAGUAGUGGAGCACUAUCUGGAAUGGUACUAUCGCAGUCGCUAGCAUCUGUGGAUUCCGAGGGCUCGUGGCUAUCUGGAAAACCAGUGAAGCGAUUGUCUGGCAAUAUGAGCCAAAACGUUCGUCAGAGCCAAUCGUCUCUCCCCCCACAAUCGAUACCUGGCGCGUUUGAAAUGGACGAGGAUGACCUGGCAGACGAUGAGUAUCUCAAUCGGCUGACGCCUGGACCUAGUGGUCGAAGAGAUUCCAUGAUCUCGUCGGGUCGUAAAGCCAGUAGUACCAUCAUUGAUCUGGAACGGGAGCGGCAACAUAGCCCGGUACCGGAUGUUCCCCCUGUUCCGAUGAGCUCCCCUGGAGACGAAGCAUGGCAUGAGGGUGUCGGACGACAAGCCACAGUUGUGCAUCAGCCAAACCGUGCCAAGUCUACCGAAGGAUUGCUAAAGCAAGUGGGAAGCGAGACACCGAGAAUGUCGAGAAAAGUUAGCACGGACGACGAAGAUGAUGAUGAAGUGCGAAUGUAUCCGGAAGGGGAACGUCCUGAAAUCCAGGAGUCGCCCAUCCUAAGAGCACGAAGUGUUGAAUACAAGAAACACGGCCGACAUGCGAGCGCAGGGUCGGCCCGGUUGUUAGAUAUACGACGAUCAUCUGUGCAGUUAGAUACUGCACCUCGAAGCCCAAGUCUGCCCGAAAUCCCUCUCCCAGGGCGGGGAGGAGCAGCAGAAUCCACGAAACAAAUAUGA